AUGGAUCAGUACAAAAAGCGCCCAGGUACGUCUGGCAUAAGUGGACAACUUUAUGAGACUAAACUCAUAAGUUUGAUACUGUUUAGACUGUUACACAACGAAAAUGUAGAAGACUUCCUUCUAGCCUCCAAUAUGGACGAAAUCGGGGCAUUCGAUGAUGUUUGUCUUAAACUAAAACUAAAAGAUCAUGAUAGACAUUUUCUAGUGUUAAUUCAAGCGAAACACAAAGAAAAUGAUGCAGCAACACUUGAUGAUAAAAACGAAUUAGCCAAAUGGUGUGAGAGCAUUACAAAAAUUAGGGAAAAGUACAGUUGCAACAAAAAUAAGGAUCUGUAUUUCAGUGGUCAAUUUAACGAUACAGAUUGCCUAUUCAUUGUAUACACGAACGCUAAAUACGAUUUUGGUAAAACUGUUCCGAAUAGAGUUUUUGAGAAUAGUUACGCUAACAAAUUAAACGAUUUGAUAUCAACUGGUGCCGUUGGCUUGCAGCCGAAUUAUACCGAUAAAGAUGUAGAAGAUUAUAAUCUAAUCAUUUUAAAUGAAGAAAUGACUGUGCUAGCUGAAUAUUUCGAAAAAUAUCUUCAUGAUAAUACUUCGAUGAAUAUUAUGAACAAUGAGUAUAUCAUAAAAUACCAUGUCAUUUUAAAAGAGAAAGUUGUAAAUGUGUCUGAAAUCCAAGAAAAACGCGGAUUGAGAUGUCGAAUAUUAUCAUUUCAGGAUGACUUCUUCAAACCCACCGAGAAAUAUUUUGUACUAUUUAGAAAAGAUUUGUACAAACAUGUCUUGAAAAAUCGAGAUAAAAUAAAAUGUAAAAAAACUUUGAAUGCGUUAAUAUCAGCAUUCUUAACUGAACCAUGUGGGGCUACAUUGAGUCCUCUUAUUGAAAAUCACAUUACGUACAAAAAUGAGAAAUUGACAUUUCUUAUGAAGAGACCGCAGUCUGAGAUAGAGCGAUUGGAGCAAAUUAAUAUUUCUGUAGAAACGAUAUAUGAUACAAAAGCAGCUACUGCAGCAAAUAUACUAAAGAGUCUUGCAUUGCCGGUACCAAUCGCAUUCGGUAAUAUAGACUUGGCGAUUAGAGGUACUCCAUCAAAAAUUGAACAAAGACUGAAUCAUCUGACUAAUUUCAUGGUGGAACUACUCGAAAAUGCCGUCCAAACCGAACACUAUAAAGUAAUCACUAUUGAUGACAAUAUUGACGAAGGACUUUUGAAUUCAAACGGUGGUAUUGGUGGCGGAGUCGGUAACAUUUUAGAUUACGACAUGAUUACAAAACUGUUUAAAUUUACAAGUGACUAUGAAUCACUUCAGAAUAACGCUAAAUAUUUAUAUUUAAACCUUAAAGAAAGAUUUAAUAACCUCGAUGAAUACAGAUUUGACGUGAAAACACUUAAGUUUCCAAAACUAUCUCUUGAUUAUAGCAACAUGGCGAAAGAUUUUUUAAGCAGACUGCUUAUCUACGAGAAACAAUCUAAUCAUUUUGAAGUUGAAGUAAAAUUAAAAAACGAAAUCAAAGAGUUUCUGAUCUCUAACCCACAGAGCGCCUCGGUAGAUUCUGAUACAAUUUUCAUACAUUAUCAUCACGUAAUUCUAAAUUGGUGGUUAUCGAGUACCACAGAAUCAUAUCUAUCUAAGGAGAAUAAUAAGUUUCAACUAUCUAUAAACCAAAUUAUAAAAGAACCACAAAUGAGUUCACUCCAAAAGACUUUCUACAUCCACAAAAUAAGAAAUAUAGAUUACUGUUUCACCGAUGACGCCUUACAGUCUCUAAAGUCACUGAAUACUUUGUCUAGAACAGUUAUUAUUACAGACAUAACUACCUUAACGACUAUGAAAGUUAUUCAAUUAUUAAGAAACCGAGAGGAUAGCGAUUUGGUCAUUAUAGAUUUAGAAUAUGUAAUGACUCUAAUGACGAUACAUUUCUGUAAGUUAAUAGAAGAAUUAAGCAAAACAAAAAAGCUUGUCAUUAUGGUAUGCAACAGCAAACAAGAUACUGAGAGACUAACACAACUCGAACAAGCAAUUGCAAAGCUAAAACUUAUUAUAAUUACACAAAAACUAUUGAUUGAAACUGUGAACAAAUAUUUUUUGCCUACAGAAAUAAUUUAUGAUGAAAAACAAAGCUUAAUUGAUCUCACGCCGGACUCAAAAAAUGUCCUCAUAAAAACUGCUGAAGUGAUAUUUCAAGACGAAACAAUAGAUUUGGAAUUGCUGAUAGACGACAUAUCGGUCAAGUUUAUUAAUAGAACAGUUUUGAGUAAGAUAAUGCGUGGUGAAACUCUUAAUAUUGGUGGCUCUCUGAGUAGUUUUAAUUACGAGGAAAUAAAGAAUGUAUACAUUAAUAGAAAGGUUAGUCAGACUACUGUUCUCGAUGAUAAUAUAAACCCUAUGUACUUUAAGGCUCAUGAGGAUUACUUUAGUAUAUAUUCUAAUGAAAAAUAUGAUGAUCUUGAAAGAAAUGUCCCUCUAGACACAUUUAUCGAUAUUAAAGAUCAUGCUGUACUUAUAACAGCUCCACCAGGUAUGGGCAAGUCUACUCUUCUAACCCAUUUAUCAAUCAAAACAAAAGAAUUCGAUAAAACUCUUUGGAUAGUGAGAAUCAAUUUAUUGGAACAUUCUAAGCAAUUCUAUAAUUGGCAAGUAUGUGAAACUGACAUGGAUUCUAUAGAAACUAUGAAAUUUAUAUGUCAAAUUAUAUUGAAGAAUCACGACUUGGAAAUAAGUUUAAAAGAAAUAGAUAACAAAAUGUAUUUAGAUGACUGCACUAGCGAUGAGUGGGCUGCGUUUGUACUAAAUCUGUUUCUACAUUCUUAUAAUAACGGUAAAGUGAUAUUUUUGUUCGAUGGUUUCGACGAGAUUUGUCCAAAUUAUAAAGACUGUGUCAUCAAGUUUUUUCAUAUAGUCAAAAACUAUCCUCAGAAAAAUAAGAUGUGGGUUACAAGCAGACCAUACUGUGAUAUUUUACCAGAUCUAAAAAGAAUUAUAGGUAAAUCUUAUGGACUGGAAUAUAUUAAUGAAACGGAACAAGAAAUGUAUUUAAAAAAAAUAUGGAAAUACAAAUUAAAAUUCGACCAAUUUACUAAUAUUCAAAGACAUAAUGCUUUCUCUUUUAUCAAUUUUAUGUCAGAAAAUCAAUUAAUCAACAAUAAAACUGCCGAUUCCUUACAGCUCAAAUUACGUGAAAUUUAUUAUCUGUUUAAUAAUUACAUUCUUUUAAACAUGCCACCAGUUGAUAUAGAUUCUCCGUUGUAUUUCGAUCAAUAUAAUUCAUACAACUCAUUCGGUAUCACCGAUAAAGAUAGUUUAAAUACAAAUAAUGAAACAAAAUAUGUAUAUGAUGCAUUUGGUGCAGCGCGACCUAUAAAAGUUCGUUUACAAGAUGAAACUUUGUUAAGAUCCCCGUUACUUAUAUAUUUAAUAGCUGAUUAUUUUGUAAAUCUAAUAUGUAAUAAAACAAAAUCCUAUCAAUGGGACCCAUACAUCAAUGUCCAUAAAAUUUACGAGAUGUUUAUCGAAACUAAACUCAAAAAAAUACUUUUUGAAGAGAAAAACAAAAUGGAUAUAUAUAACCCCGAUAUUAUGGACAGAUUUAAACAAGAUUUAGUAGACUGUAGAAUACUGCAUAUGAAAUUAGCUGCGUGUCUACUUUUUGGGAGUCCAGUAUUUAGUACAGAAAGUUUUGAAGAAUUUGAAAAGAUCGAUCCAUUAAUGCAAAGAGGUUUUGCUGAACUCGAUCGUAUGAUAGACAUAAUAAGAGCAGGUAAAGAAAGAACAGGUCUUAUAUCACACCUAACUGUUGACAACUUACCAGUGUAUAUACAUGCAACAUUUACGGAAUAUUUUGCCGCAGAAUUUAUGUGCGAGGUAUUUGAAGCAAAAGUAUUUGAAAUAACUGAUAAAAUAUUACUAUACUGUGCACUAAUUUGUUCGUACAGCUGUGAGCCUAUUCUCGCUUGGAUAUAUGGUAAGAGGAAACUUAAUAAAAACCUAGAUGAAAUUAUUAGUCAUAUCGAAUCCCAGCUACCCUUUAUAUCACAUUGGUACCGAGAGCUUUUCUACUGUGAUGGCUGGUCCCGCAAGCAGUCUAUACGAUUAAUGGCGUCAUCAGAGAAAGAUUUUGAAAGUAUUGAUACGUUUAAAUAUAAUGAAGAUUAUGUAGAAAAAUUGAAAGCAUUGCAACCAAAGGAAAGAGAUAUGCAUAUUCAAAAGAUUAGGGAGACAAUUGUUCCGAAUAUGAAGCCCCAUUUAAAGAAACAUUUUAUAAAAACUGACGAUGCGGCGUGUUCGAGUACUAGUUUAGAUAUAUAG